AUGGUUGAUAUUUAUAGCCUUAGCACCAAUUCUUGGAAAAGCAAAAAUGUUGAUUAUCCUAAUUGUAGCUUAUAUUUUGCUAAAGUAAUUUUUAUUUUAACGGUUUUAUCCAUUGGUUCGAGGGAGGGAAGACAGUAUAUAUCUUUGUUCGAUUUGUCAAAUGAGGUUUUCCAAAAAUUGAGAAUUCCUGAGGAUUUAAGUGGAAAACUUGAAUUGACUGUAUUUGGCCAAUCGCUUGCCUUAAUACAAUAUGAAUCAUGGGAAUUUGAUCGUAAGUGCGAUGAUUGUUGCAUAUCGGUAUUGAAGGAUUACGGUGUAUCUGAAUCUUGGAGUAAACAUUUUGUCUUUAGAGAUCUAUAUGAAUAUGGAGGUUUGUUAUGGGUACUAGGCUUUCGAAGAAAUGGCGAAGCUAUUACUUUUCUGGGAUCUGGGAAUUUGGCUUCCUAUGAUCCCGAGACUGGGAAAAUAUCUAACUUUUGGAUUCAGUAA